GUCAAUCAAUCAUACGGAGGACUCGUUAACAAAGACAUCAAUCUUGUUUCUUCAAUCUUGUUACUCGUACCGUCGAUUCGAGGAUCUCAGCCGUUCGUUGCCUUGAAGCCGACGCCGUUGGUCAUUCACACGAGUUUUCGAAAAUGGGGGUAGAAGCACACAAAGCUGCGUCAUUGACGCUAUUGCACCCGAAUUCGACACAGACGAAAGAAAAGUUACUACACACACUCUUGUCCAAAGCGUCCUUCUUUCGCGUCGCCGAGGCCGAAUGUCUGAGUUGCACGUACUUCACCCCGGCGACUCGCAAGGGGGCCAUGUUGGGCAUGGUUCCGGCUUCCGAAAAGGACACCACGGUCGGCGUGAUCCAGACGUUUCCCAGUAGACAAGCAGCGUCCGAGGCGGAUCAGUAUUUCAAGUUGUCCGACGUGGCUGUCAACCCGGGGGAUCAUACCACGUGGUACCCCAGCGCCGGUUUCAUGGCGAGGGACAAGCAACGAGAAUCACCCAAGGCCAAGAUAGUGAUGCUGGCCAAGUUCGUCUGCAAGGACGGCCAAGGCAUGAGGGAGAAGUUGGUGGAUGUUCUAGGAAAAUUCUGUGACUGGGUGGAAGAGAAUGAGCUGGGGACCUUGACGUACUGCGUCAUGACGCGACCGGAUGCUCCCAACGAGGUUCUCAUGGUCGAACGGUACAAGGAUCUACCUUCCAUCGGCGUCCAUGGCAAGACCAAAGAGUUCAAGGCAAUGUUUAAAGCCACCGGACCAUUCAUACAGGGCAAAAAGACGGUAUUGAGUGAAUGGGAAGAACAGGAAGGUAGUUUCGUGUCCAACACUCCAGGAGGUGCUGGUGUACAGAAAGCUAAGCUAUGAGGGGGGAAAAUGC